AUGUCGAGCGCCAGAAAUUUGUCUCUCGCCCUUCGACGGGCCCGAGUGCCCAGAUGCCGCUCUUAUGCACGCCCUCUUCUAUACGUCCCCUCCGUGACACCCGUCCGCGCAUUUAGCGUCACUCCCGCUGCACAGAAUGCGACCAAGGAGGUCAAACUCACCAGCAACGCCUACCCCAACCUCAAACGGAACCCCAACUUUGGCGAGCUCUCUGCGGAAGACGUCAAGUUCUUCAAGGAGCUGCUGGGUGCUGAAUCUGCGGUGGUUGACGGCGUGACGGCCGACGCAGCGGACGAUAUCGAACCCUUCAACGGCGAUUGGAUGCGCAAGUACCGCGGCCAGACGAGGCUAGUUCUGAAGCCGCAGAACAAAGAAGAGCUCAGCAAGGUUUUGAAAUACUGUAAUGACAAGAAGUUGGCGGUUGUCCCGCAGGGUGGCAACACGGGUUUGGUCGGUGGCUCGGUGCCGGUUUUUGAUGAGAUUGUCAUCAACACCUCGCGCAUGAACAAGAUUCGCUCGUUCGAUGCUGCUUCGGGUGUAUUGGUUGCCGAUGCUGGUGUUAUUCUCGAGGUCGCGGAUCAGUACUUGGCGGAGCGCGACUACAUGUUCCCCUUGGACUUGGGCGCGAAGGGUUCGUGUCAUAUUGGAGGAAACGUCGCGACCAACGCUGGUGGUCUUCGUCUGCUUCGCUACGGAAGCCUUCACGGAAACGUCCUGGGUCUCGAGGCUGUUCUGCCCGAUGGUACUAUUGUGGACUCGCUUUCGACCCUGCGCAAGAACAACACCGGCUACGAUCUCAAGCAGCUGUUCAUUGGCGCGGAGGGAACCAUUGGUAUCGUCACUGGUGUGUCGAUCCAGUGCCCGCCGCGCCCCAAGGCUGUCAAUGUGGCCUACUUUGGUCUUGAGAGCUACGAGAAGGUGCAGCGGGCGUUCUUAGAGGCCAAGGGUCAGCUCUCGGAGAUUCUGUCUGCUUUCGAGCUGAUGGACGGCCGCAGCCAGCACCUGGUCAACCAGUCCACCGGCAACAAAUCGCCCUUGGAGGGCGACUACCCCUUCUACUGUCUGAUCGAGACCAGCGGCUCGAACGGAGAGCACGACAUGGCCAAGCUGGAGGCCUUCCUGGAACACAUCAUGGGCGAGGAGAUUGUGGCCGACGGUGUCCUGGCUCAGGACGAGACCCAAUUUCAGUCCCUCUGGCGCUGGCGUGAGGGUAUUACGGAGGCUCUGAGCCACCUUGGCGGUACCUACAAGUACGAUGUGUCGAUCCCGCUCAACGAACUGUACCAGUUGGUUGAUGACUGCCGGGAGCGUCUUACUCAGAUGGGCUUCGUCGGUGACGACGAGUCUAAGCCUGUCCGUGCUGUUGUCGGAUACGGUCACAUGGGUGACUCUAACCUGCAUCUGAAUGUUUCCGUGCGGGAAUACAACAAGGAGGUUGAGAAGGCCAUUGAGCCUUGGGUGUACGAAUGGAUCCAGAAGCGGAACGGUAGUAUCAGCGCUGAGCACGGUCUUGGUCUAGCUAAGAAGGAAUUCAUCGGAUACAGCCAGAACGACACGAUGCUGAAACUGAUGAAGCAGUUGAAGGACUUGUACGAUCCGAACGGCAUCAUGAACCCGUACAAAUACAUUUAA